CUACAAACCCUUUUGUUUUCAAUACCCAUCUCAUGAUGUGUCAUUUGAUCUUCGCGGAUCGCGACCUUCCAAACCUUUUUGGACCUCAAAUCCCACCUACUUCGCGCGCCCCGAGCUUCCGACCUUCGCGCCCGCGGCAGUCGAACAGCUCCGGGGAACCCCCCGCCGGGGAACCGGUUUGGCGCGAUGGAUCGCUUCGACACGUCCAAGGAUCCGCGCUUCAAGCGGGCGCCGCGGCAUGUGCGGCGCGUGCAGGUGGAUGGGCGCUUCGCGCGGAUGUUCAAGGAUCAGCAGUUCGUAGAGACCCCUCGGGUGGACGCGCGCGGGGAACGCCUUCGGCGGAACGCGGGGAAGCAGAAGCUGAGGGAGUUCUACGAGCUAGCGGGAGUAGAAGGUGCGGAGAAGAUUGAAGAUGAGGCAGAGGAGGUCGAUGAAGCAGAGCAUGAAGAUGCGGAUCAAAUGGAAGACUUGGAGGAGUCAGAGGAGGAGGAUGAGGAGGAGGAUGAGGUCCACGAUGAGGCGGUUCCAGAGGAAAUCCCACAGGGUGAUGCGACCUCCCGACUGGCUGUGAUGGGCUGUGAUUGGGAUCACGUCUCAGCGGGAGACUUGAUGGUGAUGUUCCGCACCUAUCUGGCCAAUGCCAGAUCCAAGAGCCAAGCUGGAAGUGUUGAAAAGAUUAGCGUUUAUCCUUCGGAUUACGGCUUGCAGCAGCUCGAAAGAGAGGCCAAAGAAGGGCCAACCCUUGAUGCACGUGGCCAGCGUGGACUUGAAGAAAAUGAAGAAGCGCAACAAGAAGCCUUAAGACGAUACCAAAUGAACCGGACCAAAUACUCUUGGGCCUUGGUGGAAUGUGAUUCAGUGUCCACUGCGGCGUGGCUUUACGACCAGAUGGACGGCCUUGAGGCUGAUGGCGUGUGCCCCUCCUCACUGGACCUGCGCUUCGUGCCGGCCGACGUGGCGCCGCCCCACGCGCCCAGCAGCGUGGCCACAGAGCUGCCGAGCAAGUUCGCCGGGCCGGGGAUGUUGCGCUCGGCAUCGAGGCACACGAAGGUCAAGUGCACCUGGGAUGAAGCCCCGGUCCAGCGGCGGAAGGAUUUGAUGAAGAAGAGGUUUACACCGCAAGAGAUGGCGGAAAUGGACUUGCAAGCGUACCUGGCUUCCAGCUCGGAUGAGGAGAAGGAGGGAGCAGGAGAUUUGAAAGCUUUGGUGGCGGGCAGUGACUCUGAAAGCCUUCACCCUAGUGAGGAUAGUGACAUGGAAGGACUCAAGAAAAGCAAGAACGAAGGUGAUAUGGAGGCCACCUUCAGUGUGAAAGCAAGUGCGCUGGAAGACAAGCUGGCCGAGCGAGCCAAGCAGGAGGGUCAUGGAGUCCAUACUUUGCAGCAGCAACCUCAGAGUGCUUGGGAGAAGUACCUUGAAAAGAAAAAGCAGAAAAAGAGGGAGCGGAAGCAGCAGGCAAGGGAAGAUAGGGAGAAGCUCAAAAAGAUGAAGAACGACGAUGCGACACUUCCGCCAGAAGAGACCGAAGAUCUGGAUUUACUGAUGGAUGACCAGAAAGCUGAGCGUGGCUUCAAUUUCCGGGGCCCACAGAGAAAAGCUCAUGAUCAAGGCCCAAAUCCAGAUGAUUUGGAUCAUUUCAAGAUGAAUGUCAAUGAUCGACGCAUCUCCAAGGUCUUCAACCACGCCGACUUCGAGAUUGAUCCGACGAAUCCGGAGUUCCGGAAGUCGGAGGGUAUGCUUGAGGUGCUGAAGGAGAAACGGAAGCGGAAAGCCAGGCCCAGUCCAGCCGCAGCCAGUGCUGUAGCGAAAGCUGAGCCCAAGACCGAGGCGCACAUCGCCACUGCGGUAACAUCAUCAACUGCCGGCCCUGCCGGCCUACGGAUCUUCGCAUCUCAAAAGAGAUCGAAGACCACGCGGAGCGCCAGUCCUGGCGGUCGCGGCUCCGCGCCAGAACCCAUGUCGAGGAAGCGCAAGAAGAAAGCAGCAAAGUGAAAAAGCAUGAGGUUUGUGGAGUCUUGGCUUGUAUGCCGAAAGAUGCUAAAAGUUUGAUAUGUACAGAUCAGUACAGAUCCUCCAUACUUGUGUCCUUAUUCAACCAGGAUCUUGAUCUGAGCAUCAAACAUGGCCAGUCCUCUCAUUCCCUCUUUAGUUCUUUAGCCUUUGGCUCAACAGUCUGAGAUUUAC